CUGGCCAUGGCCGGCCUGUCGGACUUGGAGCUGCGGCGGGAGCUGCAGGCCCUGGGCUUCCAGCCAGGACCCAUCACCGACACCACCCGGGACGUCUACCGCAACAAGCUGCGCCGCCUGCGGGGCGAGGCCCGGCUGCGGGGCGAGGAGCGGCUGCGGGAGGAGGCCCGGCUGCGGGGCGAGGAGCGGCUGCGGGAGGAGGGCGCGGCGCGGGCCCGGCCCGAGGCGGGGCGGCGGCUGGAGCGCUACCUGUCCCGGCUCCUGUUCUGGGCCAGCCUGGGGCUGCUGCUCGUCUUCCUGGGCAUCCUCUGGGUGAAGAUGGGCAAGCCCUCGGCGCCGCAGGAGGCGGAGGACAACAUGAAGUUAUUGCCAGUGGACUGUGCGAGCAAAACAGAUAAGUUCUGUCAGGCCAGGCAGAAGGCGGCCUUGCUGGAGCUGCUGCAUGAGCUGUACAACUUCCUGGCCAUCCAAGCCGGUAAUUUUGAAUGUGGAAAUCCAGAGAAGCUAAAAAGCAAAUGCAUUCCUGUAAUGGAAGCCCAGGAAUACCUAGCAAAUGUGACCGGCAACUCCUCCGCCAAGUUUGAAGCCGCACUGACCUGGAUACUGAGCAGUAACAAGGACGUGGGCAUCUGGUUGAAGGGGGAAGACCCAUCGGAAUUGGUGACGACUGUGGACAAAGUGGUCUGCCUGGAAUCUGCCCGCCCCCGCAUGGGUGUGGGCUGCCGCCUGAGCCGUGCCCUGUUCACCGCGGUCACCAAUGUGCUCAUCUUCUUCUGGUGUUUGGCCUUUCUGUGGGGGCUCCUGAUCCUCCUGAAAUACCGGUGGCGGAAGCUGGAAGAAGAAGAACAAGCCAUGUACGAGAUGGUGAAGAAGAUUAUAGACGUGGUCCAGGACCAUUACGUGGACUGGGAGCAGGACAUGGAGCGCUACCCGUACGUGGGCAUCCUGCACGUGCGCGACACCCUGAUCCCUCCGCAGAGCCGGAGGCGCAUGAAGCGGGUCUGGGACCGGGCUGUGGAGUUCCUGGCGUCCAAUGAAUCCCGGAUCCAGACAGAGUCCCAUCGCGUGGCUGGAGAAGAUAUGCUGGUGUGGAGAUGGACUAAGCCCUCUUCCUUCUCCGACUCAGAGCGAUAAAUCCCGGGCGGGGGGGGGCCUGUUCCCAGUCGGCCUGUCCCAGGCCAGUCCCCUCCAGGGGCGCGAGAAGGCCACCAGACCUGCCAGUGCUGAAUUCACACUUGCCUUGACUUUCACCUUCCUCCCGACUCUGGUUCCAAAGGUCUCUCUGUAGGACUCUUCAGACAUUAGCUUGUAGGAAAGCAUGGGCUUCCUUGAAGGGCCGGGGAGGGAGAGAGCCAGAGGCCAGGUGGGUAGCUUGUCCUCUGCAUUGGUCCAAUCCUCUCUGCCCCGAUUGCUGGCAGAAAAGGGGAGAAGGGUUUGGUUUUGAUGCAUAGAAAAGAUGAAAGAGCAGCAGCGGUGAGACCCUGCCGAGCAAGUGUGCAGUUAGGUGGGCUGGAGCUCUCCCACCGCUGGUGAGCACUCAGCAGGGUGGGCAUCGUGCCUGUGGGAGGUGGGUCGGGACGGCAGGCUGGGGCGGCAGGGGUUGGGGAGCAGUUUGGUCCAUGUGCCUUCAGAGGGUGUUACCUGGGAGCUCAAGGGUGAGGGGAGAAAGCCUGUCCUCUAGCUGGGUUGAGCCUCUUUUAUCCUGAAGGGGGAAGGUGCUAGAAAGUAGAACAAGUACUGUAGAAGAACUGUCUAGAAAUGCAGGUCCUGGCACGCGGGACCCGCAGGUCAGGGGAGUGAGCUGCCGGUGUGGCCUCCUGAGAGGAACCUGGAGCAGGCACAGGGGCCCGGGAGCAGACAGGAGGGUAGGGCUGCCCGCAGGCAGGGCCGGGCUCUUCAGUGGUGCUUCUCACCGAGUCGCGGGUCUACAGCAGACCCGCAGCCACGGUACUGCAGCGGGCGACGAUGUGGAUUCCGGGACCUUGGGAGUGCCCCGCCUCCGCUGUGCGACGGUCACCUUGACUUAGGGCGACCACAGCGGGCCCCACUGUGGGGCCGCGGAGCCAGAACAUGCGGCACGGACCCGGUGGGCGCGGGGGCCGCACGGCUGCCCCCUGCUGGCCGCCCGCGAGCGUGCCUGCGCCGCCGCAGACCCUCCAGGUCCCCCGCCAGCCCGUGGGCCCGCCGCGCGGGAGCCCCGCUCCAGAAACGCCCUGGCGGGGGGCCUCUCCAACACAGCCUCGUUCCCGUAUGUUCUCAACCGCGGCAGGCGGGAGAGGGGCGCGCGGAGGAGCCCGAACAGCUGCCUCCAGAGGCAUCAAUCACCCCCUUUCGGUCUUCCUGGUAUUUUUUGUUUCCUUAAUAAAGCUCCAGUCUCCCUCAUUUGAGCAAUAUUCUCUCAUUUCCUCUGAUGUCUGGAUGAUCCGCGGGGCUGGAAUCCGAGUCCCGGCCCCGUGGCAAAUGGUCUCGUAAUCAGGCUCCAGCCAGAAGAAUAAGUAACACUGCAACAGGCUUCAAUAUCAGGGUUGAAACUGUUGGAUAAAUAAACUAUUUAUUAAAAAUG